UCGGUGGUCGUCCCCUAACUCCUUGGUCCUAAGAUGGUGGAAAUAAAAAAAGAAAUUGUUCCCGAGAAAAACCUCAAAAACUCCUGAUAAACCCUAACAUCACACUGCAAAGAGAAGGAGCCGCUCUUGCCUUCAGCUGGACGACCUUGUGGAUAGACGUUGCUCCCUCCGGGAAAGUCGAUCUUGCCUCUGAAAUCUCUCCGGGAGCCGACCUUGCCUCUACUCCUGAAGCCCUCUGAACUCACUCCGGCGUUCGACGACGAGAAGAAUACCCUGCAACAGUCGACCCAGAACUUCUUGUGAAGAGGAUCCAAAUUCUGAUCGGUUGGCACCCAUAGACCGUGCAAAAUUAAACCUGUCUGAUCGGUCCAGAGGUGGUUUGGCUUCCAGUACACGUACAUCGUAGGGCUACAACUUUCCCUUCUUAAACCCUUAAAACAACAUCGCCUCCCUCUUUGCUUUCUCUUUGGUCGCUCACGAAGGAAGAUGCAUGCCAAAGCAAAGAAGGCUAUGGUGAAGAAAAUAAAGAAGGCUUCUUCUAAGCCACUUGUUUCUAAUCAUAAAAGUGAAGAUGCUGAUUUCUUGCCAUUAGGAGGCGGUCCAGGGCGGAAAUUGCCUGCUCAAGAAGUACCUGUUGAUAAUAAUGCCACGGUCUUAUAUAUUGGCCGGAUACCUCAUGGUUUUUACGAGGAGGAAAUGGAAGGGUUUUUUAAACAGUUUGGUACAAUCAAGAGACUAAGGAUUUCACGGAACAAGAAGACAGGAAAAUCGAAGCACUUUGGUUUCAUCGAAUUUGAGUCUCCAGAGGUGGCAAAAAUUGUGGCUGAAAGUAUGCAUAACUACCUACUUUUUGAGCACUUGUUGCAAGUCGACCUUGUUCCUUCGGAGCGUGUUCAUCCCAAAUUGUAUGAAAUUUAUUUUACUGCUAUAGUUUUUAAGUAAUUUGAUGGACAUGCAAAAUUUGGUGGAAGAAAAUGAAGGUUACAUCACAUGAUCUGUUUUACUAGUGGUAAUUUGGAAUGCUCUCCAGUGGUCAUUCACAUAA